GACGUCAUGACGGAGGGGGCAGUCUGAAGGUUCGGGGCGACGACGACACGCAGGAGAGACACGUGCAGUGGGCGGGUCCGCCGCACGUGGCUUUGGCGGGGACUUGGCGGGAAUGUUGCGGCAUUUGCAGGAGACCAGGACAGCAUGGCCGUGGAGAUGGAGCCCUCGGAUGUCAUCCGCCUGAUCAUGCAGUACCUGAAGGAGAACAACCUGUACAGAACCUUGAGCACCUUGCAGGCGGAGACCACGGUGUCGCUCAACCCGGUGGAGAGCAUCGACAGCUUCAUGGCGGACGUCCAGAGGGGCCACUGGGACUCCGUCUUGCUGGCCAUCGAGUCUCUCAAACUGCCCGACAACACGCUCAUUGACCUUUACGAGCAGGUGGUCAUGGAGCUGAUCGAAAUGAGGGAGGCGGGGGCGGCACGUUCCCUCCUCAGACAAACGGACCCCAUGAUCAUGCUGAAGCAGACGCAGCCCGAGCGCUAUUUGCACCUGGAACACCUGCUGGCCCUCUCCUACUUCGACCCACGGGAGGCGUACCCCAAUGGCAGCAGCAAGGAGAAGCGACGCAGGGCCAUCGCCCAGACGCUGGUGAGGGAGGUGAGCGUGGUGCCGCCCUCGCGCCUCGUGGCUCUCCUGGAGCAAGUCAGUUCUUUAAAACUGGAGCAAUCACCGGACAGCCUCUCACCUGACAUGACCUUUGACACGCCUGCUGACAAGGACUGGUACGCGCAGGAAGAGGCGUGUCCAACCCAGCUGUAUCGCCACAUCAAGUUUGGCCGACGGUCCCACGUGGAAUGUGCCCGCUUCUCCCCUGAUGGCAAAUACUUAAUCUCGGGCUCGGUGGACGGCUUCAUUGAAGUGUGGAACUUUUUCACAGGCAGCAUCAGCAAGGAGUUAAAGUACCAGGCUCAGGACAGCUUCAUGAUGAUGGACGACGCUGUGCUGUGUCUCUGCUUCAGCCAGGACUCUGAUCUCCUGGCCACGGGAGCGCAGAAUGGAAAAAUCAAGGUGUGGAAGAUCCAGAGUGGCUUGUGCCUGCGCAGGUUUGAGCACGCUCACAACAAAGGAGUGACCUGCCUGACUUUCUCCUCAGACAACAACAACAUCCUCAGUGCCUCUUUUGACCACACCAUCAGGAUCCACGAGCUGCGGUCGGGACGCACGCUGAAGGAGCUCCAUGGCCACCGGUCCUUUGUCAACGACGCGUCCUUCACGCAAGAUGGCUGUCACAUCAUCAGUGCGUCUUCUGAUGGCACCGUUAAGAUUUGGAACAGCGAGACUUGUGAGUGCAUCCACACAUUCAAAUCUCUGGCUCGGACUUCCUGCGAGAUCCCCGUCAACAGCGUGACUCCUCUGCCCCAAAAUCCGGAGCACUUUGUGGUCUGCAACCACUCUGACGCGGUGGUGGUCAUGGACACGCACGGUCAGACUGUCAAGACGUUGACCGCGGACAGGAAGUCAGGGGCCAAGUUUGUGUGCAGCACCGUGUCCCCCCGAGGGCAAUGGAUCUACUGCGUGGGCGAGGACUUGCUGCUCUACUGCUUCAACUACGCGUCGGGAAGGCUGGCGAAAACUCUGACAGUCCACGAGAAGGACGUCAUCGGCGUCACGCACCACCCGCACCACGACCUCAUCGCCACCUACAGCGAGGACGGCCUCCUGAGGCUGUGGAAGCCUUAAAGGGGGAACCUGGACAUGUAAACUUUGGUUAACUGAAGGGGCUUUCAUGCAUCCUUUCUUACUAUUCACUGUCGCGGUCCACAGGCCUUCCUAUCCCAGAAUCCCUUGCAACAUUAUGGCCGCAGCACACAGACUCAAUCGAGUAAUAGUUAGCGGUGGUCAUACAGCUGCCGCGGGCUCGUCGCGGGCUCGUCACGGUCACCGUGGCGACCGGUCGAGGGGUUGCGAGUCGUCAGAGCGAUCCGAUUGGACGCUUAGGAAAUGCUACAGGCCAUGACAUACAUCAGGGGUGGACCAGGGGGCCAUUUUUGUACGGGCCGCGCCACAUUUUGAACAGAAAAAAACAUGAGAAAAUUCUCGCACAAAUCUUGAUGGACCUGCUAUCUGUACUGUGAACCUUCCGCCCCGGGUUGGUCGAAGUUCAAAGUAUCAAAACCCAUGAUUUGUAGGUUCAUACGAAGGAAAUUAUCAAAAAUGCUGGAAAAAAAUGUUAGCAUCCUAACAUUAGCAUGCUAAAAUACUGUAGAAAAGUUAGCAUACUUGCAAGAUGCCGCCAAGUAUCAAAACACACUGGCCACUCCCACGUUGUUUUGGAUGACAUAUGUUGAGUAAAGAGGACCACCCAGACAGAACGGUACUUGGCCAAGUUUUACUAAAGCUUUAGGAGACCCGCCCUUACCACGCCACAAUAGCAUCAACAAGAAGAGGUCUGAAUUCAAAUAAAAAGAGUCAGCUUCCACAAAAGAGCGCGGCUGCUUCUUCAAAAGUGAUGAGGAACUGGCCAAAACAGCUCUGUUAGCUGACAAACAGGAGCCCUUAAGACAAAGUAUAGAGUUUACAAGCGGACAUGAGAUAAAAGCAAGGAGGUCACAAGAAGACAGACUACACAGGAAAUACUAGCUGCUUUAAACGUGACUAUGGAUUAAAAAAGAACACCUAAAAAUAUCUCUAUCUCACACAGUAUACCUAUAUUUAGCAGGAGUAGUUUAUUUUGGUCAAGUUACAAAACGGAAGUAAAAAAAGGAAAUAACCUUGAUAACAUUAUGAUAAAGUACUGAAAUAGAAAUAAAUAAUUUAGAAUAAAAACAAUACAUAAUGUUUGGGUGUUUUCAUGUCCAAAAUGAGUGGGAGGAAGUGACACCUGGGUUGUAAAUGGGUUGUACUUGUAUAGCACUUUUUCUACCCCUUUUUAAGGAGCCCAAAGCGCUUUGACAGUAUUUCCACAUUCACUCAUACUUGCCAACCUUGAGACCUCCGAUUUUGGUAGGUGGGGU